AUGGCUAGCGGAUCUCAAAACUGCCGUGAAUACGAGAAAGCAUUCUGGUGGUCCUUGCUCUCAUUGGCUACAGCCGAAGAGCAUCCCAUGUUCCAGCUGAAACGUGGCAUGGCCGAGUCGAGAACUGGAGCCCUUUGUUGGGUAGAUGUUGAAAGAUGGAGCGCCGCAAGCGAGGGCUUUUCGUCAAGAGAUUUCGGUCGAUCUCGCUUGCGAUGCAGGAAGCCUUGUAGGGUGAGGUUGAAGUUUGAUGUAGACUUGGCUACUACUAUUUGCGUUAGAAAUGAUGCACUAGUGAAAGCUUGUGUGAAGACCAGGAGCAAGCUUAAUAUUGACCCUAAAUGCGAAAGAAAGGGGGGACCACCGCAGCAUCUGAUUCGCGGUCGCUAUCUUUCAGUGCUCUUCUCAAUCUUUGUAAGCCUAGUGAUGAUGCAAGAGUGUUGCAUUGAUUGGCUUGGCCUGGUUACGAUUUCAAUGACAGGUUGCUCUAAUUAUGUCCUUCUAUCCUUCUUCACGAUUGUUUGUGAUCCAAUGACGGGCAGCGAAACGAGGCUGGGUUUGGAUAUUCGUUUCGAUCUCACUUCAGAUUCUAUAUGGCUGCGAUUAAUUUCCAUGCCAGACAAGCACAAUCGACUUUUGUAUAGUCCAGAAAGGGUGGAAAAGUGCAUUGUGUUGUUGGAGGGAGAACUACUGCAUCUUGUCGCCUUACAGGUUAAAAAGAUCGAUUUCAUCGUAGUCAUGUUCCAAGGUGCUGAAUAA